CCCCCCAGAAACGGAUUAUUGUUAUUGUCUUAUUUGUUGAGUUUCCGUAUUGUUAUCAAUUAUUUGGGAUUUUCCAAGGGAUUCAGUUCAAUUAAUUUUUUUAAGGGGAUUCCGACAGUUGCGCUGUCAACAUGAUCAACAGCUUAUUUAUUAUAAACUCCUCAGGAGAUGUUUUUAUGGAGAAACACUGGAAAAGUGCAGUUGCCAGAUCUCUCUGCGAUUAUUUCUUCGAUCAGCAGAGACGCGUGCUCUCCCCUGAGGAUACACCACCUGUUAUCGCUACACCUCAUCAUUAUUUGAUCAGUAUUUACAGGUGUAAUAUGUUUUUUGUUGCUGUGUGCACUACGGAAGUUCCACCACUCUUCGUCAUCGAGUUCCUGCACAGAGUCGUUGACACCUUCGAGGAUUACUUCAGCGAAUGCACAGAAACGAUCAUCAAAGAGAAUUACGUCGUUGUGUAUGAGUUGUUGGAUGAGAUGCUAGACAAUGGUUUUCCUCUUGCCACUGAGUCCAACAUUCUGAAGGAACUCAUAAAGCCUCCGAAUAUUCUCCGGACUAUAGCAAAUACUGUGACUGGAAAGUCAAAUGUCAGUGCAAUUUUACCCAGUGGUCAGCUGUCCAAUGUUCCUUGGAGGAGAACUGGAGUCAAAUACACUAAUAAUGAAGCCUAUUUCGAUGUUGUGGAGGAGGUAGAUGCCAUUAUCGAUAGAACUGGAGCUACAGUGACUGCGGAAAUUCAGGGAUACAUCGAUUGCUGUAUAAAAUUAAGCGGAAUGCCUGAUUUAACCUUAUCCUUCAUGAAUCCAAGACUAUUCGAUGACGUCAGUUUCCACCCCUGUGUGAGAUUCAAACGAUGGGAGUCCGAAAGAAUUUUAUCUUUCAUUCCCCCCGACGGUAAUUUUCGCUUACUCUCGUACCAUAUUGGCUCUCAGAGUAUCGUAGCAAUACCGUUGUACGUGAGACACAACAUAAGUCUGAAGGAACCAGGGGGUGGCAGACUCGAUAUCACAGUGGGACCAAAACAAACUGUUGGGAGGUCUGUUGAGAACGUGACUCUCGAGAUUCCCAUGCCCAAAAUUGUUCUCAACUGUACUCUGGUGCCCAAUCAGGGGAAGUAUUCGUUCGAUCCUGUCAGCAAGGUCCUCUUCUGGGAUAUUGGGAGGAUAGAUGUGUCGAAACUGCCCAAUCUACGUGGCUCGAUAACUAUUCAAAACGGGGCAACAGCAUCCGAAUCAAACCCUGCGAUAAACGUCCACUUCACAAUAAAUCAACUCGCAGUCUCAGGGUUAAAAGUGAAUGGACUGGACAUGUACGGUGAAAAAUAUAAGCCCUUCAAAGGUGUAAAAUACAUAACAAAAGCGGGAAGAUUCCAAAUAAGAAUGUGAUGCGACGGGAAGUGCCCCGAAAGGCUGUAAAAAUAUUCCAUGAAAUUACUCCAGAGAGCUCUGCAAAUUAUACUAUGAAAAAAAUCCAUUUUUAUGAGAAACUCCUUCUUUCAUGACAAUUAUUAUAUUAUCCUCUCCGUUUUGCUGUCUUCUGUACGAAUAAAUUGUUGAGGGUGAAGAGACA